AUGACUAGACCUAGUGUCGUUUGGAACGGUGGGAUAGAGAAGAAAGUUCUGAGAGUUUGUUUCCACCCUAAAAACCCAUGGAUCAUUGCAGGCUUCGAAAGCGGCGAAAUCCAGAUCUGGAACUACCGUAAUUCUUUCUUCAUCAAUCAGGUCUCUAAGCACAAGGGAGCUGUUCGUGGUCUGGAUAUACACAAAUCCAGAGAACUGGUGGUCUCAGGAGGGGAUGACAAAAAGAUUAGAGUUUGGAAUUUCAUGGAAGCGAAGAGCAGUUUUAGGCUAAAGGGGCAUGAGUCUAGGGUAAAGACUGUGGAAUUUCACACUCAAGAGCCAUGGAUCGUAAGUGCAAGUGAAGACAAGACAGUAAGAAUCUGGAACUGGAUGUCCAGGAAAUGCAUCUGUGUGCUUCGUCACAGAGGUCCUGUGAAUUCAGCUAGCUUCCAUUCUGAACUCUUUGUUGUGGUUUCAGCAUCAUCAGACAAGACUGUUUGUCUAUGGAAGAUAGAUGGACUUAGAGUACAGGGAAUGUCUACAGAUGCUGCUGCGCUUGUGUUAAAGAAACUAGAGGAACUACCUGGUGCUGCUGGGCUUAUGUUACAGGCACCACAGUCUACCACUGCUGCGCUUAGGGCUUAUAUGGCACAGCCACUGUCUCCCGCUCCUGUCCCUCCACGUGGUCUUUUUGGCACAAUGGGUCAAUAG